CAGGAACCCAGAAUACCGUCGUACCACCGACCGUGAAUGUGCAACUGUCAGUUCGUUUCAGUUGGUUCAGUGAACAAGACACGUUCGUUGAUCGUCAGUGAGACUUGGAUUUUACGUAUAACAGUUUUGUGAAUUUUCAUUUUUCCCCUUGGAUAUUACUAUGCCUGUGUCCAUGAUGGCGAAGAAUUAUUCGAAUUGCCCGCUGAAGAAGAGGCCCGUCUACAUCGUUGAUGACAUUAAAGAUGAACCUGAAGAUCUGAGCACGAAACCCAAGGAUCUCAGCAAACCUGGACAGAUUUCAUCUUCGAGUUCCCCAUGUCUGCCAAGUCCGACCAGUAGUACCAGUACCAGCACACCCCCACCGUACUUCGACUACCCCUCAACCUCCCCAGUCUCAUCGCCGUCACCUCCAGCGAUCUACCACCCCAUCCCUUAUCACCCAGCCUCCUUGAGCCCAGAAUACGCUCCCCAGACCUGGCACAACAGCGUGGCAGCGCCGCCUUACCCUUACGGAUUCAUGCCAUACGGAUACCACCACCACGAGUACGUGAUGAGGUCCACAUCGCCCUACAGCGACAGCUCCCUGUCACCCCCGCACCAACCUACUCACCCCUUGAUACCGCUGGCCAUCAAACCGCCACCCUACAGCGACCAAUCGUCUCUGAGUCCAAAUUCGUCAACGGCUUCGCCGCCUCCGGAAAUCAGCGACAAGGGUCGCCAGGCCAACCGCCACCAGUGCCCGGACUGCGGAAAGAGCUACUCCACCUUCUCCGGGCUCUCCAAACACCGCCAGUUCCACUGCGCCGCCGGGGACGGUCCCAAGAAGGUCUUCAACUGCAAGUACUGCGAGAAGGUGUACGUUUCCCUGGGCGCCCUCAAGAUGCACAUCAGGACGCACACCCUGCCCUGCAAGUGCGAGAUUUGCGGAAAGGCCUUCUCUCGCCCCUGGCUUUUGCAGGGACACAUCCGCACCCACACCGGAGAGAAACCUUUUUCGUGCACCCACUGCAACAGGGCGUUCGCCGACAGGUCCAACCUAAGGGCCCAUCUGCAGACGCACUCCGAGGUGAAGAAGUACUCGUGCAAGACGUGCAACAAGACCUUCUCCAGGAUGUCCCUGCUGACCAAACACGCCGAAGGUGGUUGCUUGGGAAACCCGAACCUGAUGCGUAUGCCUUCAGAGAAAAUGUACUAAUCCUGUAAGGGCCCAAGUCGCAAAGUACAAAUUCCGAAAGUGUGUGCCUUGAUAGUCAGACUGAAUUUCAUACAGAGCUUUGAUAUAUAACUUAUUGAAAUUUUUCGUUGUACAUAACGAGUUUAUUUUAAAGAUUAUAAGUUUUUUUUUUUCUUUUGGAAACAACGUUUUUGUAAAUAUCCGAAUGCGAGUUCAAAUUUAGUCAGUUUAAUCUUGUAAAUACGUUGUACAGUAUUAAUUUUUAGUUAUUUAUUUUAUAUAUUAUCGAAAUGAUUGUUCUAGUCAGGGGAGCAAAAUUUCCUCCCUAGUGUACAUAUUGCCAUUUGAUAGUGCCUUAUCAAGAUAUAUUGAAGAUCUAUUAUUAAAAUGUUAUUUUCAAUAUUUA